AUGUCCGUGGCCGAGGAGGUCAUGCGCGAGGGCUGCGUCACCGGCGACCGCAUCAACGGCCUCGUCGACGGCAUCUCCGGCUCAUGCUGCGCCCGCGUCUCUCCCACGGGCACGGCGAUCUCCGCCCCACCCGCCUCCUCCUCGUCGACAACACUCCGGCGCGUACUCGCCUUCCACCCACCGCGCGCGCCGCAGGGGCGCUGCGUCUGCCUUUCUGGUUCCGUAAGGUGCACUGCGGAGGUCGCUGACGCGGCAAUGCACGCGCCCAGGCCGCCGGACCCCAAGCCGCGCGUCCUGGUCGCCGGCGGGGGGAUCGGCGGCCUCACCUUCGCGCUUGCAGCCAGGCGGAAGGGCUUCCAGGUGCUCGUGCUGGAGAGGGACAUGAGCGCCGUCCGCGGGGAGGGCAAGUACCGGGGACCCAUCCAGCUGCAGAGCAACGCGCUCGCCGUCCUCGAGGCCGUCGACAUGCCCGCCGCCGACCAGAUCAUGGACGCCGGAUGCAUCACCGGCGACCGCGUCAACGGGAUCGUCGACGGCAUCUCCGGCUCCUGGUACAUCAAGUUUGAUACCUUCACUCCUGCGGCUGACAGAGGGCUCCCGGUCACAAGGGUCAUUAGCCGCAUGACGCUGCAGCAGAUUCUUGCCCGUGCCGUCGGCGACGACGCUAUAAUGAACGAUUGCCACGUUGUCGACUUUACUGAUGAUGGCAACAAGGUCACCGCGAUAUUGGAGGAUGGGCGGAAAUUUGAAGGUGAUCUCUUGGUUGGAGCAGAUGGCAUAUGGUCAAAGGUGAGGAAGUCGCUUUUUGGCGAAACGGAUGCAUCUUAUUCAGAAUACACUUGCUACACCGGAAUUGCAGACUUUGUGCCUCCUGAUAUUGACACAGUCGGGUACCGAGUGUUUCUUGGUCACAAACAAUAUUUUGUCUCCUCAGACGUUGGUGGUGGUAAAAUGCAGUGGUAUGCAUUUCACAAGGAACCUGCUGGUGGUACUGAUCCUGAGAAUGGCAAAAAGAAAAGACUGCUCGAGAUAUUUAGCGGUUGGUGUGAUAAUGUCAUAGAUCUGCUAAAUGCAACUGAGGAGGAAGCAAUUCUUCGCCGGGAUAUAUACGACCGGCCACCUACUAUCAACUGGGGGAAAGGUCGUGUCACCUUGCUUGGUGACUCUGUCCAUGCUAUGCAGCCAAAUCUGGGACAGGGUGGCUGCAUGGCUAUUGAGGAUGGUUACCAGCUGGCUGUAGAGCUUGAGAAGGCCUGGGAAGAGAGUGUCAAGUCUAGAACUCCUGUGGACGUUAUUUCCUCCUUGAGGAGUUAUGAGAAGGAGAGAAAGCUACGUGUUGCUAUCAUACAUGGAUUGGCAAGAAUGGCGGCAAUCAUGGCUACCACUUACAGACCAUAUCUAGGUGUGGGUCUGGGACCUUUGUCGUUUUUGACAAAGUUGAGGAUACCGCAUCCUGGAAGAGUUGGCGGCAGAUUUUUCAUCAAGGUUGGAAUGCCUUUGAUGCUGAGCUGGAUUUUAGGUGGCAACAGUUCAAAGCUAGAAGGAAGACCGUUAAGUUGCCGGCUUUCUGACAAGGCAAGCAACCAGCUUGGUCGAUGGUUUCAGGAUGACGAUGCAUUGGAACAAGCUAUGGGUGGAGAGUGGUACCUCUUCCCUAUGAGCUCUGGAGGCGACUCUGCCUUGCAGCCCAUUCGUUUGAUCAGGGAUGAACAGAGGACACUCUCUAUUGGAAGCAAACCAGAUCCGAGCAAUUCUGAUUCUUCGUUGUCGUUCCCCUUGCCACAAGUAUCAGAGAUCCAUGCUACUAUCACAUGCAAGAAUAAGGGUUUCUAUUUGACCGAUCUCGGAAGCGAGCAUGGUACAUGGUUUAACGACAACGAAGGCAGACGCUACCGGUUACCUCCAAACUUCCCAGUUCGUUUCCACCCUUCUGAUGCCAUCGAAUUUGGUUCAGACAAGAAGGCCAUGUUCCGGGUGAAGGUGCUGAGCACGCUUCCAUACGACUCCGCGAGAGGUGGAGAAGAAGUUCUGCAGGCAGCAUGA